AUGGCAAACGAUUCUUCCAAAACAAAGUCUAUAGCUUCAAAUAUCUUAAAACAUUGUUAUAGAAAAAGUAUUAGUAUUGAUGAAAACUUCUUGGAAUUUUACGUAGAUUUGCUGCGACUUAAUCCUGAAAUUGAUUCUUUUAUUAACUCAGACAAUAUCCCAGAUGCUCAAUUUUUGGAAAUGGUGACAAACAAUUUAAAAUGUCAGAAUAAGCCCCAAGUGGUAACUUUAAAAUUGCAAUGGUAUUAUAAAACAAAGUUUCAAACCAAACAUCAACUUAACGAGGAAAAUCGUGCAGAGUUAGCAAAGGAACUAUCAGAGCUAAAAAAAUAUAUUAUCGAGACGAAAAAUAUUUCCGAACAGGUUGAUGUGAACAAGAUGUUUAAAAGAAUAUUAUUUUAUAUAACAUUAACAUCUGGACUUGGAAGUCCUACUAAUGAAGGUGUUUAUCAAGAAACACAAUCAGCCCUAAAAAGCGUUUUAUCAGAGAAAGAAUUAAAAGAUUUUACCACUCUACCCAAACAUCAAAAGUUGGAUCAGCUGAACUUCUUCAUGAAACUUGUAACUGGUAUCAAAAUAUUUCACAAAGACUGUGGAAAAGGGGGAGACGCAAUAGUGGAUCUACCAGGAUUGUUGUAUAAGUCACUGGACGUUACCAGAGAAAAUUUGCGUGAACUUCUGGUACGUUUGAUGCAGAAAAUUAACAUAUUAACAACCGUUAUUGACAAAAGUUACAAGUUAACUGUAAAAGAAGAUGGUAAUCGAAUUAUGAGAUGCUCCCUGCCUGAAUCUGUAACUGAGGAUGAUAUGGAGUACAUAAAAAGUUUGUUGAUAGCUUACAGACAGUAUGAGAUUUAUUUAAGAGAUAUAAUGGCAAUAAUAGAAGAUGAGGACAACGUCAACAAAAUCUUCAAUAGGUUAAAAAUAACAUUAUCAAGAAUUCACGAAAUUUGCAGCAUAAGGGUAGCUGUGUCCUGUGCUUCUAUUUAUCCUCUUUUUGAGCAACUCUCCGAUAUAUGGACGGACAUACAAAACGAAACGAUUUACUUAUCCCACAUAAACUGUGUGUUGGAAAAGCUAGAUUAUUACGUAAACCUCUUAGACUAUCCUUCAAAAACGUUGAAAAAAAUGUUGAAUGAUGAUGAAAUGAUGACUGACGCACAACGACUGCAACGUUUUGCUGACGUGAAAUUAUCCCUGAAGACUGAUGAAGCUUUCAUGACCACAAUUAAUAAAAACAGAAACAUCGACUCCUUACAAAUUGAGUGUAUACGAUGUGAUCCCUGGAAACUGGUGCAGACUGGCGGUGGUCUGUUUCCAGGCAUACCUACAAUGGGGAUGGCCCUAACUCAAAAAUCCCAACAGUUCAUCUUUUCUGAGCCUGACUCGGCUAGAGAAUUUUUUAAAAAUGUUUCUGGAAAUAUUUCAAAUCUGUGCUCUCUACUAGCCAAAAGAAUUGAACUGAUAGAGAUGUUCAAUGCUAGGAAAUUUAUGGAACCUUUAAAACUGACUCAGGGAACGGAGGAAAGUAAGGAGCAAUCUGUUCAUUCUGUUGCGAUUCAAACGGAAGAAAUCAAGGAAGUUAUGAAAGAUUAUGUCUGGAACGUUUGGGAAUUGAAGAGAAGUGCACUUAAACUGGCCGACCUCCGCCGCAAAUCAACCAAAUCGACGAUGACCCAACACCGUCAGCUCGACGAAAACAAUCAAACGGGAGAAGCUGCAUCCUAGCGAAAUUGCAAGGCACGAAACGGUGCAUAAAC